AUAGCCAAGCAUCUCGCGCAUUUUAUUUUCAUUAGUAGAUUUAAGAAUCAAUCGAUAAACUUACAUUUAGCGUUCUGUAAAAGCUUCUACAAAUUUCAAGUGUUUAAGAAUAUAUGGUGCAUAUUGAUCGAUCAACUUAUAAUUUUACUUAACUAAAUGCAGAUACGUUUUCGAUUCUUGCCAGCAUUUUCAACUCUAUCGCGUGCCUGAGGGUUUUUAAUAUCGAUUGAUAAACUUCAAUUAUUUUGCUACUUGCAAAUAGUUCACGAGUCUAGUCAUCGAUUUGUCAUCAAUUCCAAUACUAUUGUGUGCCGUUGGAACUUUCAUUAUCGAUCGAUUUACUUAUCAUUUUACUAAAUGCACCUUCGUGGCACUAGCAUGCAGCCAGGUGAGCGCCUCAUCACAGACGGCAACUCCAAUUUUCAUAUUUUCUCUUAAAGUAUUGGAUAUUUUCAUAAUGAAAACAUUCUGCUAGCGACAUUCUGUUCCUGUCGCAGAUCAUAAUACAACCAAGAGGAUUUAAAAUUGUUGUCGUCUGCACACACGACAGUGCUUUAGUGACUGUGCAAUUUCCUGAAUAGUUGUGUAGGAUUUUUAAAUGAAUGUCACAUUACAGCCCACGUGCUCCCAGUGGCAUUAGCCUAUCUGUUCCUCACUUUGCCAUACAAUAUCGUGUAGAACGACAUGCGCCGAGCACCGAAGGCCCAAGGAAGCCAGGACGAGAGUAGGAACCUUCUCACGCCGCAGUCUUCAGAGGAUUUAAUAGAAGAAGCCCAUGUUAGACAACGGAGAUCUCCCCCUCGUAAACACGUUGUUGUGACAGACAACGACGCUUGGAAAAGGCGUUUGUUAACACCGCAAUCCUCUGAGGAUACUUUAGAUGACAGAAGUGAGCGUCCUGUCCGAACUGCCACUCUAGAGCCUACCGCGAACCCCCUUGCCCCCGCCACCGGUAGAGACAGGCCGCACUUUGCAUCAAACGAAACGGAUAAUAAAGUUGAAAAUUUAGCGGCAAGACCCAAAGAGUAUGUUAACAUAGGUUACUCAAGCAGAAGACUCCGUGUCAGUUCAACACCUUCAAAUACACGUGAAGAUUGGUCGUAUAGUGGCGAUGAGGCUUCGUUGAAACAAAAGGGGAAUGUUAAAGUCAAUGACAAACGAUUAAGUGACAAUUCCAGGUUUAACCAAAGGUCAUCUUGUGAUGAAUUUAAAAAGGCACCUCCCAAUAUCGGUCAGUCUAGAGGAGAUUAUCAACAUGGUUCUUUACCAAUAAGCGAUAACAAACAUUUCGUUCCACGGUCUUCAAAAUACGAAACGGAUACGUCGCACAACAAGGAGAACUCAAAUCAGAGAACACAUAGACAGAAUGAUUCUCAAUGCAUGGCAAUAAAUGGGCGUAGCUCUUCUUUGAACACCGCCAAGUAUCCUAACUCAGGGACUGCUAGUUUUGAUUUCGAAAUUAAUACGGGGUCAAGGUUAAAAGGUAUAAAGAGUCUGGGAAGUGUAGGUCAAAGGUCAAGACUUUUACAAAGACAGGAACGUGUGGUUGAACAAGACGCUAAGCCACUCGAUGGAGUGCAGGGUGAAAAGGCAAAUAGUUCAUCGAAAAAUACAGAAAACCCAAUCAAGAAACCGAAAACCCUGCCGAGCUUACCUACAGUAAUAAUCGAACCGGCAGCAGAUUCGACGGACGAAUGUGACAAUGCAGUGCCUAGAUUACUGAACGAAAGGCAAUUUAUUCCUCGAACACAGUUAGUCGAUCCCGACGGAAAUGUUCUGAUACCCGGGGCUCAACAUUUAUUACCCUUUCCACAGGCAACACGGGUGCGCUAUCCGGGAAUUAUCAUCGAGGCCAAAUCCCCGUCUGGCUCCGUACCAGUAGACACAAACCAAUACUAUAGAUACAGGUCCAAGGCGCUACCGUAUCUGGCAGUUAGGGAUUUCCGAUACGAUCCAGAAGACGAUCAGUUAAUUAUUAAUGAGGAUAGGAAUUCUGGUGUUAGGAAAACCAAAAGUGAAAUCAAUUCGACUAUAGAUAAGCCGUUUUGUGAGGCAUUCAAUAAAAGUAGUUCUUUAGAUAACAAAACGUAUGUUUCCAAUGACCCACCAUGUGAUGCAAAUGUAAUUGAAUUGAAGGAUUUACAAUCGUAUUUUAGUGGUGAUAAACAGAAAUCAAAAUUCAAUACUUCUGACAGGAAAUUGCAAGAUGCUAAGAAUAAAACCGAUAGUAAGAUAAGUCCCUUUCCAAACUCGGGACAAAUACCAUCGGAAUCGGACAGGAGGAAGACGGUCGCAUUUUGUGUGCAAUCCCGUAAUUAUGAUUGUAAUGCAUGUCUAAGCCCCCAAGGCAUUUUAAUGUCGGGAGUAUCAAUAAAAGCGGGACAAUUGCCACAAAACGAGACUAAUUUACUUUCCGUUGAGCCAAGAAUCGUCAAUUUAGUGACUUUUGAUAAGCAGAGCCGGCUACAUAACCAGAGUUCAACAGAAACAAGCGGCCUAGGCGAAACCAUUACAUCGGGGUUCAGUUCCCAGGAGAGUGUUGCUAGUUAUUUAGACGCAACGAAUACACGUGGCCACGGAAACAACGCGGACGAAGAUCAGGGUAUCGAUCUUUCCGAGGAGUCUGUUAAUAUACAACUAGACGGUAAUAGUACGUUUGGGACACAAAUUAUCGAUUCCGAUAAUACAAUUAAUCAUACAAAUAAACAAAAGGCACAUAGUAGUUUGCCACACAUAGUCCUGGAUGGAACUAAUAAGGAUGCCUUAGUUCAUACGGCUGUUGUGGAAAAUUCUAAUGGUGUAUCUUCUGCCUCUUCUGAAAAUUACAUUUUUAAAAAGUCGCAUCAAAGUACGGCCCAGAUGAAAGAAAUACCUAGAAUUCAAAUUCCGACGGAUACGUUUAAAGUCGGGGCUUAUAAGCCACCUAUAGAUUAUCGCAGCAAUGAAGUGAAAAAGCCCGAUACGUUAAAGGUUUACAGUGCAAACUUAGGACCGGAUUUUGAUGACUUGUUUAAACAAAGUCGUAGUAAAACACAGCAAACAAACGUAGGACUACAGCUGGAGCAGAUUAACAACGAAUGGAAUAGGUCACAACGAGGCAACUCAAUCAAAAGUAGAUCGUCCCUCGGAUCGUUUCGCUCGCGAUCCGGAUCAACAAGACGCUCAAAUAAACUAUCACGAUGGAUGCAAUGGGGUGCCGAUCGACGGGCGUCAUACCGACGCCGACAGGAAAACUUGGAAAAACCACCGGAAGUGCCACGAGCUUCAACACCUGUAAAGAAAGCCCGCCAGGAGGGAUUGGUGUUCAUCCACCCGGACUUAGAAAGCAAGUACAUCUCAGAAGAUGACAUAAACUACAUCAAACGUCACCAACACGAACGCCUAAAGGCUUAUAAGCUCAUCGAAAAAGCGAAAUCAAACAAACAUCAAGAUGUGCAUGAUUUAAACAGAGUAACCGCGGGGGACUUAAUGACACUGUCAGGUUUCUGGGAGCACAAAGUGUUCAUCCGUUCGCGCUAUAUCUCCAUCAUGCUCAGCUUGGUGACAACCCUGUUUCAUAUUCUCAGUAUCUGCUCAACGGAAUGGGUGUCCUACCCGUCACCGGAAAUGGCUAUGUUUACAGUCCCGCGCCACUACGUGCAGGAGGGGUUGUGGUUCCGGUGCCGCCCGCUCAUCACGAAUAACCACAUAGAGGAGACGUGUGGCGAGUCCGCUACUGGCAGGGACUGGCAGAAGGCAGUGAUUGGAUUGAUGAUAUUUUCUGCCGUGUUCGGAUUUAUUGCCGCCAUGUUGGCCAUAUGCGGUGUGUGUACGUCACCUUUACCAAAGAAAAUCUACUACUUCCACUCGGCUGGGGAGAUAUUUGUCGUCUGUGCUAUGAGUUCAACCAUUGCCUUAAUCGUGUACGCGGUAGCAAUAUCUACAGACGAAACAAUACAAUCUCACACGUACGGGAGUGGAUACGGGUUGGGAUGGGGUGGUACGGCCUUUUUCUUUGCCGCCUCGUUUUGUAUGAGUUUGGACGAACUAGUGCGCGAAUCUGCUCAAAAUAAGUGUUGUAGAUAUAUUUUCUGGCGUUCUAGAAACAAUGACGAUGAUAAUUCGCAUCCUGUAUGAUGAACAGCUUCUGUGUGCGUUUGUGAAUUGCUUGUGUGUCAAUGGGGCUCGUACUGGUCUUAUUGCGUCAUCGGAACUUAUUUCGUCCAAAAAUGACGUCAUGGAGAUACAAUCACGUGGACUGAUUCCCUAGUGUACUCCAAAUUAAGGAGAUGAGAGUAUUUUGUGUUUGACAUUGUGAAGGAUAGAGACAUUUUAUAUGAUGUCAAAAUCACAAUUAAUAUGAUGAUGAUGUAUUCAUUUGUGCAUUUCAUUUUUUUUUUCGCUUGAUGUCACUCUCAAAACUUGCACAUUCCAAAACUAUCAUUGUAAAUACACUUGCAAACAAUUUUCAUGUUUGAAUUUUAAUCACUUAAAUUGCACAGCAUUGUAAGAGCAGUACGUAAAUGAUAUCAAAAGACAUUGAAAAAAUACGCUGGCAUGAGUAGAAGAAUAUGGCCUGAUACAUUUGCAUCAUAUAAUUUAAAAAUUACAAGUUUUUAAAUGAAGCUAUGGAUUCACAAAUUUGUAGCUUGUAGCCAUGAUAAUUUAAAUCUGUGUUAAGAACAUAACUCUCAAAAUUGUUAUUUAUUUUACUAAUUAUCUUUCUUUGAAUCGCAUUAUAAGUAUUUGAAAAAUUGAAUCUUAACUCUCGCUCAAUCUGUAAUUUUAUAUCAUUGAAUUUUGCAUGGUCUUAUCCCAUUCAUUCUGUCGCGUAUUGGGAAAUUAUACGAUAUAUUUAACUUGCUCACAUGUGAUUUUAUACACGUAUUCACGGCGCUCAUUAUUUAGUUUAGCAUUAUUACUACGAUCUUCAUAAUAUUAAGAGGUUGCGGAACGCGGUUCGCCUGUGUGUACGAGUGGACUACUUUUUUCAGUGUUACCCUGUGUCCCAACCUUUUUUUUCAAUAAUUGUGUGUAAUGUGAAAUGAAAUAUAUAGAGGAUAUUUGUUGAUUUCAAUGUUAGCACGAGUUUUAUAAUAUUUCAUGACGAGUGUCAUAGAAAAACAUAUUUUCACAAGCGAAAUAUUAAAACCACGGGUGAAAAUAUAAUGGUUCUAUGACCGCGAGUCUUACACAGAAAUCAACAAAUUUUCUUUUUCUUAUAUGCUUAUUUUCGAAGUUUUAUUGUUAUUUUUAUUUAUUUUUUCUAAAUAUCCUUUUUUAAAAGAAUGUGUCCUACGCCAUUAACUGUGGGACGCUCCUCAUGCAAAGUUUAGAUAGCUGGUGACCUAGUUGUCAUUUCUUUUUCCGAUUCAUGAAGAAACAGUUUUUAAACUUUCUUUUUAUAGCUUAUUGUUUAAUUGAGAAUUAGUGCGAACAUUUCAUAAACAGUCAUCAACGAAAUAUUGUUAAUGCAUCAAAAAUAAUAACAGUUAAUUCACGAACUGAUUUUAAUUGAACAGGGCAUGAAUAAAUGACCAAACAACACUGUUCGCCUUUCACUGAAGAAAAUGGACCGCGUACGGAAAAUAAAUGUGAAUUAACAUUGGCUUUUAAAUAGUUCUCCAAUAUUAAUAGUUUAUUUCAUGAGAAUGAUUGUUAGUUUCAGUGUAAGAUGGUUAUAUAUUUCAUCGAGUGAGCACGAGAAUUUAUAUUUCACGAUAGCGUAGCCAAGAUUAAAAUAUUCACUUUCGGUGUUCAUGAGGUGAAAUAUUUUGCUAUCUUACACUGAAACAAACAUUUUUUUUUAUUAUAUGCCUAAAACUGGAAUUGAAAGUCAUUUGAUAUCACUUUUUUAGAAACACGCGCCAAUCAAUUUAAAUGCGCUCGUAACGUCAUUUCGAAAAUAACGUUGUUUUAAUUGUGUCCCAGCCCUGUGCGCGCUAUCGUUUGAUUUAGAGACCGAGAGCGGGCUUAAAUUCCCAAACAGUUCAAGAUGUCAAAAUUGAUAUUUUCACCGUUUGAAACAGUGAAAUAUCAAUUUUAUUUCACAGGUAAUCUCUUUAAACCACCGGCAAGUAUAUAAUGAACAUGAGUAUUCAACCACCCCUCACUGUCAGAGAGAGAAUCCCACGCCUGGUUGUUGACACAUUUUCAGACGUUGGUGGAGAAAAAAUAAUAGUUAAUUGUUGUGUGUUUUAUGGAAAGUUCGUACUACAAAGUCAAACAGUUUAAAAGAUAUUUGAUACAUGAUACAACAUCGAAUAUUUGUUCGAGCAAUUGUUUUCGUCUGUAAUUUGAUUUGUACGUAAAUCAAUGUUUGAACAUGCAGCUUCAAGCUUAAGAAAACGCUUAUAGAACAGGACUACCAUUUUUUCUUAUAAGCUGUAGGUUAUGCUCUUUUCCGAAAAUAUAUUCAACCUUUUUGGUUUUGAUCAAUCUGGACUUGAUUUUAAAAGAAGUUGAUAUUUUCACUCCUAUUUUGUAGUGAAUAUAUCAAUUUGAUUCACUGAUAAAACUCCAUAUUUUGUCGAAAAGCAUGAAGGAAAUAUUUUUCCAUUUUAUGUAAGAUUGUGCAAUAAUAACUUGAACUAACAGUAUUGUUUUCUUGACUGGCUUUCAGCAAAGCGAUGUUUUUUCCCCGUUUGGCCUGUUAUAACUACUGUUAAAAUUGUUUAUCUUCUUUUUUGCAAUUCACAUUAAUAAAUGAAACCCGAUUAUUGUACCAUUUUUGUCUUAAAGAUAAAAUAUACGAUUGACCAUCUUCAUAACUAGACCCUUGGUUUUGUCUCUAGAUACCGCCCCUUUGUCUCUAGAUACCGAACCUUGGUUGUAUCUCUAGAUACCAACCCUUGGUUGUAUCUUUAGAUACCAACCCUUGGAUGUAUCUUUAGAAACUCGACCCUUGGUUGUGUCUCUAGAUGCCGCCCCUUUGCCUCUAGAUACCGACCAUAGGUUGUAUCUCUAGAUACCGAUCCUGGGCUGUGUCUCUAGAUACCGACCCUUGGUUUUGUCUCUUGAUAUCUUGAUAUCGACCCUUGGUUGUGUCUCUAGAUAUCGACCCUUGGUUGUAUCUCUAGAUACCGAUCCUGGGCUGUGUCUCUAGAUACCGACCCUUGGUUUUGUCUCUUGAUAUCGACCCUUGGUUGUGUCUCUAGAUAUCGACCCUUGGUUGUGUCUCUAGAUAUCGACCCUUGGUUGUGUCUCUAGAUGUCGACCCUGGGUUGUGUCUCAAGAUAUCGACCCUUGGUUGUGUCUCUAGAUAUCGACCCUUGGUUUUGUCUCUAGAUAUCGACCCUUGGUUGUGUCUCUAGAUAUCGACCCUUGGUUGUGUCUCUAGAUGUCGACCCUGGGUUGUGUCUCAAGAUAUCGACACUUGGUUGUGUCUCUAGAUAUCGACCCUUGGUUGUGUGACAAGAUAUCGACCCAGAGUUUCAUUAUUUUGCUAAAUAUUUAUGUGAAAUGAACUUAUUAGCCACCUUUGAAAAUGACAACAAAGUCGAGGAGCUAAAAACAGAAACAAUUCAUUCGCUUUUGUGACAUUUAUACAGCUAUAAGAUAAUUGACAUUACUACUUUAAUCCGUUAUUGUAACGGCUCCCAGAUUCAUAAAGAUGCAAAUAGCCCCCAAUGUAAAAAGUCGAUAACUAAUGUCUCAUUUUCUCACUGACCUUUUGUUCUUGAUGACAGAGACUGCAUGUUGUUAGUCUCUCCUUUUGUACCUUUUCUCUGUUUCAUCUAUGUGUCCUUACCAAAAGGGACUCGCUCAUGGUUUUGCACCAAUAUUUCCCGGUAAUGCAUCUGGAAAUACUAAUAAAAUAAUACGUUUACUCUUUGAUACCGAAAUUGCAGAAAAAUACGAUUAAAGUACAUCCAAACAAUCUGGUUGUAGUGGGGACGAGCCCACGCCCGUACAGUCAAGAUAUUUUUUUUCGAAAAUCUAUAUUGUAUCAACUUGCUUAUAUGGACUCAAACUAAGCUUUUGGAUGUUUAAACCUUUAUUGAAAAUAUUGGUAGCAUCACGCGAUAAUGUAAAUCAACCAAUCACGCUACAACCUUCUGUUGAAUCGCGUCAUUUGGAACUCCCCGGUCAUUUUCCAUCGAAAACUACCUCGGUGUGUAUAUGGACGGUGUGCAAUGUCAGAAAUCUGAACAUUUAACUACGCUUCAAGUAGGCAGCGUAGUAAUUUCAGUUAAGCAGUUUAACUUAAUGAAGGUACUGUUGAGAAUCUUAAUUAUUUAUUCAAUAAUACAGUUCACUGACAAUCAUAUUAAAUUAAGUUAUGUAAACAACCCGUUAAAACACUAUCAAUUAUUACUAUUAUUCAAAAUUUACGAUCUAUUUCUACUAAUGCACCGGCAUACAUCCAAGGAUAGGGUUUUUGGAUGGAGGAGCCGAGGAGUUCCGAAUGGAAUCGCUUUAGUAACGCAUUUUAAAGUGCAUUUGACAAAUCAUGAGCGAGUCCCUCAAAUGAGUUUUUACUCAAAGAUUGUUUUAGAGUACCGUUACUACUUACCUUAUGUGGGCAAAAUUAUAGAGUAUAGAGUAUACGGUUAUAUGUUUCAUAAACAUGAACAAGGUUUGCUUUACUCAUGUAAUUUUAAAACCCACAAAAUGUACAUGAUCUUUCAAAUUUUACAUAUUAUUUUAGUGUAUUGGAAACAAAUAUGGUUGUUUAAACUAUUAAUUAGUUUGUUGUUUUUUUUUGUUUUUUUUUCUUCUUUUGCAAAUAUAAAAAUGAUGACAAUCUC